GAGUCCCCAUGAACUAUGAUGCUUGCUGAUAACAUUGUGAUCUGUAGUGAUAGUAGGGAGCAGGUUGAGGAGACCCUGGAGAGGUGGAGAUCUGCUCUAGAGAGGAGAGGAAUGAAGGUCAGCAGGAACAAAACAGAAUACAUGUGUGGGAAUGAGAGGGAGGUCAGUGGAAUGGUGAGGAUGCAGGGAAUAGAGUUGGUGAAGGUGGAUGAGUUUAAAUACUUGGGAUCAACAGUACAGAGUAACGGGGAUGUUGGAAGAGAGGUGAAGAAGAGAGUGCAGGCAGGGUGGAGUGAGUGGAGAAGAGUGUCAGGAGUGAUUUGUGACAGACGGAUAUCAGCAAGAGUGAAAGGGAAGGUCUACAGGACGGUAGUGAGACCAGCUAUGUUAUAUGGGCUGGAGACGGUGGCACUGACCAGAAAGCAGGAGACAGAGCUGGAGGUGGCAGAGUUAAAGAUGCUAAGAUUUGCAUUGGGUGUGAUGAGGAUGGAUGGGAUUAGAAAUGAGGACAUUAGAGAGUCAGCUCAAGUUGGAUGGUUGGAAGACAAAGUCAGAGAUGCGAGAUGGCGUUGGUUUGGACAUGUGCAGAGGAGAGAUGCUGGGUAUACUGGGAGAAGAAUGCUAAGGAUAGAGCUGCCAAGUAAGAGGAAAAGAGGAAGAUCUAAGAGAAGGUUUAUGGAUGUGGUGAGAGAGGAUGUGGUCCGGAUCAGUGACUAA